AUGUCGACCUCACGACCUCCCCUCCGAUUCUCCUCCCACAAAUCCCUGACUUCGCGCUUGAUCCUCUCUACGCUGCUUGGUCGUCCCAUCCGCAUCGAUCAAAUCCGUCCUAAUUCACCCACCAACCCAGGGCUGGGGCCACACGAAAUCUCCUUCUUGAGACUCCUCGAAGCAGUCACGAAUGGCUCACACAUUGAAAUCUCGUAUACGGGCACGGUGCUGUUGUACAAACCCGGGUUGAUCACUGGGUCGGCGCCGGGCAGUGGAGCGGACGGCGUCUCGGGCGUGUUGAGACACGAGAUCCCUGCCACGAACACACGAGGACUGGCCUACUUUUUGGUUCCGAUGUGCCUGCUGGCGCCCUUCAGCAAGGCCAAGUUCAACAUCUUGUUCACUGGUCCCGGCGUGAUCACGAGUUCGACCCCAGAAACGUGGGGGGAUAUGAGCGUGGACUCCGUCAGAACAGCAAUUCUGCCUCUCUACGCGAAGCUUGGCAUUGAGAGAGACAUUGAGCUGAGGAUUCUAAAACGGUCCAAUCCUGGCCCCAGGGGCAUGGGUGGCGCGGGAGAAGUACAGUUGGUGUUCGGCCACCAAGUGCGGCUGCCCAAGACUUUACAUAUGCUCAAUUCAGGGAGAGUGAAGCGGAUCAGAGGCGUGGCUUAUUCGACAGGCGUGAGUGGACAGAACAAUGCAAGAAUGAUCGAGGCAGCGAGGGGCGUGUUGAACCAGUUUGCAGGCGACAUUUAUAUCUUUUCGGACGUCAGCAGUGCCACUCUGGUGCCUGCACCGACAAAAGACAACCCAAAUGCCAAAAGGAAGGUUGGGCUCGGGUUUGGCCUGUCGCUGGUGGCUGAGACUUCGUCCGGAUGUUUGUACUCUGCAGACUCAGCAAGCCCUCCGGAGGGAGGGAAACCGCCCGAGGAUAUUGGACGGAUGAGCGCAUUCCAGCUCCUCGAGAGCAUCGAGCGAGGAGGAUGUGUGAGUCUGGAGUCUAUCGACACCGUUUUCACCCUGAUGACCAUGGGCUCUGAGGAUGUCGGCAGAAUACAGGUGGGGCGAGAUGUACUGGCCAACGAGCAUACGAUUCAAUUAGCAAGAGAUCUGAGUGCAUUUGGCUCGGCGGGGUGGGGAAUUCGAGAUGUCGAAGGUGGGAAGGGAGAGGGACAGCUCUUGGUCAGUGUUGUGGGCAGAGGAGUGGGCAACGUCGGGCGGAAAAUCGGUUGA